UCCUCUUCCUCUUCCUCCCAUUGCUGCUGCCGCCGUAGAAGGGCGAGACUGAGGCCCUAGGCGAAGAAGCGGAUUGCGUCAACGAGGAGAGAGACCUACAUAGCUAGAAUAUAAGUAGUGGCUAUAAAGAUAUAAAAAAAGUAGAGGGUUCAAGAAAAUUAAAGGUUAAAGAUGAAGGAUUUGCUACCGUCAGCGAUUAAAAACAAAGAGAAAAGAUCGGAAGUUCAUGCGAAGUUGAAGCACCAGAAGAAACUUGAAAAGAAGAAGAAGGCCAAGGUUCGUGAAGCUGCAGAGAAGCAAGCAUUGGAGCUGGGGGAGGAGCCUCCUGCAAGGCCAGUCCCUCGGACCAUUGAAAACACCCGUGAGCUUGAUGAAACUGUUUGUAAGCCUGAUGAUGAAGAGCUAUUUGCUGGAAACGAUGCUGAUGAAUUCAGCUGCAUAUUGAAAGAAGAACGCACUCCUAAGGUGUUGAUCACAACAUCUCGCUUCCACUCCUCGAGAGGGCCUGCAUUUAUUGACGAGCUCAUAUCUGUUAUCCCCAAUGCUCAUUAUCAUAAAAGAGGAACUUAUGACCUCAAAAAGAUUGUUGAAUAUGCCAAUAAUAAAGAUUUCACCUCUAUCAUAGUUGUUCAUACCAACCGUCGGGAACCAGAUGCUUUACUAAUUAUUGGAUUACCAAGUGGGCCUACUGCUCACUUCAAAUUAUCGAGGCUUGUUUUGCGGAAGGACAUUAAGAAUCAUGGAAAUCCAACCAACCACCAGCCUGAGUUGGUUUUCAAUAAUUUCACAACACGCUUGGGACAUCGUAUAGGCAGGUUAAUACAGUCACUGUUCCCACAAGACCCAAAUUUCCGAGGACGGAGAGUCGUUACAUUUCACAAUCAGCGUGAUUUCAUAUUCUUCCGCCAUCACCGCUACAUUUUUGAAACAAAAGAAACCAAAGAGCCUGAAUCAAAAGGUAAAGGGAAAAACGAGGUGGCUAAAACUCAAGAGAAAGUUAUUACCAGGCUUCAGGAAUGUGGCCCUCGCUUCACGCUGAAGCUAAUCAGUCUUCAGCAUGGAACAUUUGAUACAAAGGGAGGUGAAUAUGAAUGGACACACAAGCCUGAGAUGGACACCAGUCGGAGAAGGUUUUUCUUGUGAUGUCCUCCGGGGGGUGCGAUUUUUGUAGCGAACUUAAUUUUAGAUGUGAUUUUCUUGAGAAUUUGUGCCUUCUUUCUGUGUUUCUUUUUGGCUCCAAAUUUUCUUGCAUUAUGCAACUCGAUGUACCUUUUGAUGGAAGUGUAUAAGAAUUAGCAAAAGAUUUGCUCAAUGACAACAAAAUCAAUUUCUGUCCAA